CAAACAGAGGCACCACCACAUUCUCAGCCCAUACUAAAUCUUAGAAAUAAUUACAACAAUGCACAUGCCUUCGUCAUCGCACCCUCAGCUCGCACUGUCCAACUAAUGACGCGCAAGAAAUCUUGAGAAGCUCGACUCGCCAAGAUGACCGACAUCCACUAUCUUCCUAUCGAAGAAGGAUAUGGUGAUACCUACAACGAAGAUAACGGCCAAGACUACCUCCAGGAACCCCAAGACGAAGGAGAACUUAAGAUUAACUACGAAGAAGAAGACCCAGAUGAGUCCCAACUUCGUCUAAACGGGAUUGCGCGUGAGAUAUUGCGCAAGGUCAAGGAAAAUGUUCAGUCCAUGACAGCUCUAGAUCUCAGUGGUUUGCUCUUCAGCAACACUUUCUACCGAGAAUUCGCCUGCCAUCGUAGACAUAAUACGGCAUUACGAGAGCUGUACUUGCAUAAUUGCAGACUGACGGACAAUUCUCUGCGACAGAUCUUGGGAUCAGACUACGAUAAAACGCCGCCAAAACAUUUGAAGGUACUAAGGUGUCUGCUUGAAGAAUGUAAAAAUAUAUAUAAGAGCAUUUUUGACAUUUUCAGAAAUCAUUCAUGAGUGAAUGACAUACAUUCAGACUGCUCGCACACUAUAAACAUACCUCGGAUGAUCCUAUUCUGCCAGAAAAACCAAGUACAGACAUUCACUCCCUUUCAGGUCCUCUCUUGCGAGAACAAUCUGUUGAAGAAUAUAUCUUGCUACUACUUGGCCCGCUCAUUCGGAUUGGUUAAGGACAAGUUCUCUCGCACCCAUGCUGGGCGAAAAGCAGUAAUUAUGGGUUUCCAAAUCACGACAUUCUCCUUCUCCAACAUUACAUCCUUGACAGUAGAAAAAAUAAUGUUCUUAGAAUGUUCUUAGGUGUAGUUGUACCACGAUUUAGACAAGGAACAAGUUCAUGUUCUGACGUGUGUAAUUCUUGAUUCUGCAACCUCUAAAGUAAGCCAUGGCCCAGCAAGAGAUCGGCUAGAAAAGCUGAACCUUCGUGGGAACUUUAUUGACGAAUCUGAGGGGAUGAAAUUUCUCUCUUACGCCUUGAUCCAGCAAGACAUGGCUCUGCAAGUUUUGAUCUUAGCGGAGAACAGAAUUGAUGGGCAUGGAGCGGCGUGGCUAGGGAUGGCGGUACUUCUAGAGAUCUUCGGAGUUGUUGUGGAUAGUCGUAGUGUCUGUUAGUUGUAAGCAUGAGAAUUGCGAUCUCAUCAUGACUUUGAGAGCAGACGCUGCCCUUCAGCGGUCAUCUACAACCACUAACCUGUUCCUUUGGUGCAUCAUAAAGACCUUCAGAGAAUCAAUUCCCGAUAUAGAAUUCUUCCACUUCUCCUCAACCCAACAGCUCCGCAACAACAACGUCCUUCGUUGCCUAGACCUUCGUGGAAAUCCAGUCGGACGCGAUGGUCGUCACGAGAUCCUGCUAGCUGCGGAGACAGCUGAUGCCAAUCUCCUCUAUUAUGGGUGAUGUUUUUUCCAUCCUUACAACUAUCCUUCCACCCAUCUGCAUUUCAAGGGGGGCAAACCUGCCAGGAUGCUCGGCCUAGAUAAACAAAAUACAAUGUUCAUAUCUAAAUCUAUGCUGCAGGCACAGACUUUGUGAACGCAUUGCCUGGGAGGCGUAAUGUGUGCAUUUACGUGGAUGCGGGAAUACUGGAUGAGGCGAAUAGGAAGAGGACGUUCGACACCCUCGACCCAAGAACCAAGCAGUCCUAUCCUGCUUUCCUGUCGCGUGAAGCCAUACUUAAGAAAGUACAGGAUGUGGAUGCUCUGCUCUCUUUCUUUGAGUCCCCCGUAAAAAUGCUUUGUCGAAAUGUUGCUUUCUUGACCUCGGAUUUGAGCUCCUAGGAGUUGACCUCCUAGGAGUUGACCUCCUAGGAGUUGGCUCAAUGUGAAGGAUCCCCAAACUGUAACUCAUCUCUUUACUAAUUUAGGUAGUCUAACAUACGCACAGAAGCGAGUCUGAAGCCCCCGACUAUUACAGGCAGGAAAGCGUUAGCGGCGAUGAUUAAGGCUAGUUUCUCACUAUCGCGUGUGGACUAUAGUAUACUGAGUCAAGUGCCCCGUGAUUAAAAGGGGAAACCAGAGCGGAAGAGGGCAAAUCACUCCACAAGGGAUAGUGAAAAACUGGCGUUAAGAUGAAGAGGACAGCUAGUUUGGGAUCUACAGGAUGGACUCCCAUGUCGAUUAUGGCUGACCGGAAAGACGGAAACGUAUACGACACAUCGGCAUCCAAUUAGGGCCAAAUAUUGUUGUGACAGUCGAGUCUUACGAUUAAUAUUACCCGGUCGAUUUUGACGGAUGUUCGUUGCAGUCCGUUGAACAAGUAAUAGAAGUUCGUUGUCGUGUAUCCAAAAACAGCUUUCCCACUCUAAUAUCCAAUGGGUCAGACGUACAGCCGCUUUCCAAGACCGGAUCGCGAGAUCUACACGCGUAUUUCAGAGGAGGGUGUAAAUCCUGCUUUGAAAGCCGCAUUUGAGAAAGAAUUCUGUACUACAGUAGCGAAAAGUAGAUUGCGCUUCAAAGUCGGCAACGACUACCUCCUGUUGAAGGAGGCUGCGGGUGGGUCAGCGUCGAGUAGGUCAAGAUCACCGAGUAAGUCGCCGAGUAAGUCGCCACGUGGUGGUAUGACAAGAAGUAGAGCUCCUACUUUGCCUACUAGUACAACUAGGUCACCCACUUCUGCUAACUACAACAAGUCACCAAGGAAUACCACCCAACAGCAACAAGCUCAACGUCAUAGAAGCGUCGCUCAUAGUAGUCAAAGAAGGACUAGGCCGUCUACGACAACCUCUACGGGUGGAGGCAGAAUGAGUUCACCUGUUUUUGGCAGACAUCAGGAAGACGAAAAUUAUGCUGGAUCACAGCAAGCAGAUGGUGGUGGAAACGCCAGGUUACUGGCGACGACACAAUCACUCUCUGCGUCUUCCAGCUCUAGAGUAGGGAAAGUACGUCCUAGUUUAAAACCGAAUAGAAGUCAUUCUGCGUCUCCACAGAAACGAAGAAGUCAGCGCGAUAAUCAAGAUGCUGAUGUGGAAGAUUUUUUCAGUACUGCUAACAGCAGUCCACCACCGUCAGCAGGAACUGCAGCACCAUCAUCAUCAACAAACUCGCGUUCUCGAACUAAAUUUCAGGCAAUGACGGAGCUAGAUAGAAAUUAUUCCAAGAAUUCUACUACGGGUUCCGGUUAUCUAGGAAUUUCUGGUACUAGAUCUUCACAAGGUUUGGGUGGCGAAGUAAAUCGAUAUGGGCGUAUAGAGACAGAGACUUUAAUCCAACAUCAAAGACGAGGUCCGUUGUUAGUAGGGAAGCGAAUUCCCCGUGAACCUUCGGAUUCUGAGGCUCUGGAUCGUAUAUUUUAUUAUGGAGAUCGAUAUGCUCAAGGAGAGGGUUUUUAGCGAGCGAGUAAUACUACUGAUUCAUUUUCUGAGUUAAGAACUGGAAUUUAUAGGGCGAGCUAAGGAGGCCCCUAAUAAGGUGUGU